AUGACGUCUUUUAGCACACUACUAAAUCCUAUACCUCAAUAUGCAACGGCUAGCUUGCCAGCUUUGGCAAUAAUGGGAGAAUCACCUGUCGCACUGUUUUCAGGAAAAUUUAUGUGGUUACUUAGAUGCCUCGGAAGUCCGUUUACGGGGUUAUUUUACUCUUUUAUUAUUGGUGGUCGAAAAAAGGACCGUUGCAUAUACUGGCUUUCAUCAAACAAAUUUAAACUUAUUUCUAAAGACGGUACCAAACCAAAAGAACCUAUUGAAUCUGGCGAUAAUAAUGAAUUUCCUGAACAAUUCAGACCUUUUGGAUUUUAUGCUUGCGAAAUCGAUAAAGAUAACGCAACAUAUAUAGAUGAACUCGUAAACCAAUGCACAACAACGAUAUCUGUUCUGGAAAGAUUUUCGGCAAUCGUAUCAACUUACUUCAUAAUAGUUGGUACAUUGGCAUUAAUUUCUCAGGCUCAAGGAACAACAAACGACUGUAAAGAUUGGCCAUAUUUUCCAUCAUUGUUGUCCUGGACAGUCCCAGCAACCUUGAUUCGGGCGAUUUACGGAGUCGUAUUAAUUAAGAAUCCUGAUGAGAUUGUUAAUGAACAUCAAAUAACGAUAACUAUAAAUGACGAGAAUAGAAGUUAUAAACGUUUUACCGUUGUUGUAACUGCUUUUAUAUCAAUAAUUUAUCCUUGGAUAACAUUAUUUCUGAUUUUCUUGAAACCCCCAAUCGGAUAUGGUUGUCGGAGUAAAUUCGUUACAAUAAUCUGUGUCAUUUGGACCUUAAAUAAUAUCUUGGCAAUUAUAUCCCACUGCAAAGGAGAAAAGAACUUAAAAUGCGGAAUUCUUCAUAUUUGGUUUUCUUUAUGUGGAAUUGUAGUCAUAAUUCUUUUAAUUCUUUUAGGUUUUCUUGCUAACGAUAAUGAAUGGUGGGUUGUUUUGUUUGGAGAAUCUUGUAGCACUGCAAGUAUAGGAUGCAUGUGA